CCGGCAGCAGGCGCCAUGGAGCAGCUCAAACACGCCGCCGAGCAGACCAAGGUUGUUGUCAAGUUGCCGUCGCAAUGGGUCAGCAUGUACGGCGACUUCAUCACCAAGAACGCGGGCGCGGUCGGCCAGGUCGAAGGCGCAUUACGUUCGUUGACUUAUCUGGUGCCUGGAGGACUGUCGCAUGCUGAUAUCACGUCUGAAUCGCUCAACGCCGGUGUUCAGGUGCUCGCACUGUAUCAUGAUAAUCUACUUUCGAGAGCGCUGGCGCAAUCAUUACGAUCACGACCCCGGCAUCAGAGCCCGCACACUCGCUAUACGAGGUUCUACUCCCAGAAGAGCCCGACUUAUCGAAGAACGGCGACGACGCUGCAGAUUGUGCAAUAUACGGAAUUGUUGUUGGAAAUGAUGGCAAAGAGGAAAGGCGAGAAAGCAAGAUGGAGGCUUGUGGUCAUACUGGAAAGCGUUAAAGCACUUUGCAGACUCAUCCUUAUGCGCUUGACGAACUCAAGGCCCCUGCUCACGCCGCCAUUACCCGAGCGUGAGAUAAUCGAGGACAAGACACCGCAAGAAGAGGAGGAGCUUCAGAGUCCUCUGUCAGAGCCGUCCGUCGCUGGCAGCGAGCAGUGGACCAUGCCACGAACGUCUCUGACAUUGCCACCCUUGCCCAACUCGGAUGACAUAUCUUCGUAUCUCCUUUCCAAAGUCCUCACAGCGGACGACAUUAAGCCCCCAAAAGCCUUGGUGCAUCGAACUUCUGGAUUCGGAGAGGUUGCGGAAGUCAUGUUCAUUCUCCGGCCUGUCAUAUAUGCUGCAGCAAUGGCGUACUGGUCGCAGAGGGAGAAAGGAAAGGGCAAAGCAGACUGGAGACCGUGGUUGCUUGGAGUCAGCAUUGAAUACGGCGCACGGCAACUCGCGAAGCACGAUCUCGGGACGAGACGACCUGGUGGCACUCGCGGCCUCACGCAACUUGAGCGCGAGGAGCUCAAGAAGCGAGGCUGGUCGCUCGCGUGGUGGGGCAUGCGCGGCGCUUUCUACGAGAAUGUCACGCGUGGUGUUAUUCGUGGUUUCGCAUCGAAGCUGAAAGGCAAGCCGCUCCUGGACAUGGUCGGAAAUUUUGUGGACGACUACGAGUUCCUAUGGGAUCAAUACUACUUUCCUACGGCGACGCUAUGAGGUGGGUGACGUCUUCACUGGAGCGAUGUCGUAUUUUGGGGCUCUCUUGCGCACUUUUCUCUAUGUUCUGAUCUUCUUGUGAUUUAGCGAGCGUUAUGUGGGAACCGCGGGCAGCAUGAGUGCGCCCUGCUGGAGGGAGAGAUACCUGUGUUUUGUACCAUUACAUCAGCUGCGGCCUCUUUGACCUGUGGGCGCGCGAAGUUCAGGCUUCUUUGUUGACAGCACAAGGACUGUUGAAGUCCUUUGACGAAAUCCAUCAUGUUUCGAG